AUGGACGAUUUGGUAUUACAAUUACGACAACUGGUUGACACCGAUCCGUCAGAAGCUGCAUGUAUUUUUGUGCAAGCAAAAUCGAUUUUGGAUGAAACCGAUCGUCUGAUUAGCAGUAAAUUGCCAAUCACCUCAUCAUUCGUGCAGCAACAACAACAGCAGCCGACAAAUGCCACUUCUUCAGCAACUGUAUUACCAAAAAAUGAAGCGGCUUGGCGACAGUCACGAAUGGCGCUAAUGAAAAGAAAUUUUUGUAGAAAUAGAAUUUUACCAGAAAAAACGGUUCAAUCGUUUCACCUCUUUUUUUUUUGUUUAAAUUAUUGGGUAUUUUUAAUACCAUACUUUGUGUCACUCGCCUUAUUUGGUUUACCGUUUGUGUUUCUUCAUCUCUGCAUCGGCCAAUAUUCUGGCCAGUCUGCGAUUGGUGCCUUUCGACAACUAAUGCCAGUAGCUUCUGGUAUUGGGUGGGCAUUGGUGAUAUUGGCAUUUCCAGUAUCUGUAUACUAUAAUAUCAUUGUCGCUUGGUCUAUAUAUUACUUUUGGUUUUCAUUACGAGGUUUCUUCACGGGUGGCUUGCCGUGGAGUCAUUGUAAUCCUGACUGGCCAAAGAACACUCCUUGCUGUGUACUACAAACAUCUUCAGAUUGCUUUUCAAGGCUGCAUGCAAUUUCCUCACCGGAAGCUUAUUUUCAUGAAAGCUGUGUGUUAGACCCAACACUAGGGCCAAUUCAGGGACAUUUGGUUUUGGCACUAGCAUUUGCAUGGAUUUUCGUUUUCUUUGGAGUUUUUAAAGGUGUUGGUUCAAUUGGAUGGUCUGUUAUGAUAACAUCUACACUUCCAUACUUUCUUAUGAUUAUUCUUCUAAUUCGUGGGAUGUCAUUGCCCGGUGCUGAUAAAGGUCUUGCAUUCCUUUUCAAACCUGACAUCGACAAGAUUUGGUCUAUACCGAUGUGGAAAGCCGCAGCAGAGCAGGUGUUUUACUCACUAGGCAUCGAUGCUGGUCCGCUAAUUUCGAUGGCAGCAUUUAGUCGGUAUCGAAACAAUAUUUACCGGGAUGCUGUUAUCGUUGUUAUCUUGAAUACGUUUACCAGCAUUUUAGCUGCUAUGGUUAUAUUUUCGUUUAUUGGUUUUCUGGCCCAAAAUCAGGAUCAAGCUGUAGACGCAAUAUUGAGGCAUGAUUCAUUAUACAUUGCAUUUACGGUUUACCCAGGCGUGACAUCUUUUAUGGAUACCAUGGGCCCGCUUUGGGCCGCUUCUUUUUUCGCCAUGCUGACACUCUCAGCUGUAGACGCUGAAUUCGCUUGGUUGGAAAUGAUAAUUUCAUCAAUAAUGAAACAAUUCAAUUUGACCAGUAGAAGAUCAGAAAUUCGAGUGGUAGUGGGUCUAUGUCUUAGCUGCUUCUUGUGCGGACUUCCCUUAACUGCAAGAGGAGGUAUUCUUGUGUUUCAUUCAGUGGAAAACAUGAAUGCAAAUUGGAAUUCAUUUACUUUGAGUCUCCUUCAAAUUAUUGUGGUCUGCUACAUUUACGGCAUUGAAAAUUUCAUAGACGAUAUUGGAGAGAUGUUGCGUGUACCAACAUUUGGAUUGUACAAAAAAACAAAAUUUUUUUUUGGUCCUACUGGAGGAUAUAUCAGAUGGUCGUGGUGUUUGUUUAGCCCUUUCUUCUUGACGUUCUUGUUAGUGGCAUCAGCAGUAAGUUACGAAACGAUUACCUUAGAAGACUAUCCACUGCCAUUUCAUUAUGAACUUGGAGCCUGGUUAGUCAUGUUUUCUCCAUUGGCCGUAGUCCCAAUCAUUGCCUUCGGUACCUAUCUAAGAAAUAACAAAGUCCUUUUCUUUCAGCCUCUUUCGUCAAUUUUUGAUGCAAGCAAAUGGCGACAUAAACGUAGCGGUAGUGAUCCGGAACCACAACACAGAAAGAACAGUGACCACGAUUACAUGGUACGAGACUUAGAAAUUCAUUCUCACAGCCGCUCUGUUACGGCAUUCUUUGACGGUUCUUUUUUUUUUUAUUAUAUUUGUCAAUGUACUCGUCAAAAACCAUCAUAUAGUUCUCUUUUCAGGAAGUCAUCCCCUUCUUUGGUAGAUUCUGCUUCAACAGAAUUGGCACUUUUUGGCGCACCGCCAGAAAACCCAAUAAUUGAAAAAACGGAUACAGUGAUUCAUCGACAGUGGAAGAAUGAUGUGUGCGAUAUACAAACUCCAUAUAACGUCGCUAAAUUUAACCUAGCUGGUCCUGCUGUGCUAUUUAGAGAUGUCAGUUUAGUUUUUUCAAUUGUUGCAUUAACAGUAUCAUUUUUAUAA